AGCUGGGCCACGCAUCUCCCAGCCGCUGUCCGCGAAAAGGACAGCAUGGCUACCUACAUCAACUACGGUGAGGGAGAGGAGGAUGCCAUUGUACAGGGCGCUGAGUGGUUGCAGAGAGUUUUGCAACAGCAGCAAGGGCUCGAAGCCGAGAAAGCCUUUACUGAAAGAUUCAAGAAGGACUUCAAGGAUGCUCAAGAAACGAGCAAGAGGUACGACUACGGUCCUGUCUUUGAUCUGCUCGUCGAAUAUAGCAAGAAUUUGUUCUCAGCCAUCCCUGAGAAUAAACCAGAAGAGCGGCUGAGGGAGGUCGAGAGCUUCUUCGCGCUGAUUUUGAGCAUGCUGCUACUGCUCGAGGAUGCGACUCACCUGGACAGAGCCACUACACAGCUCUGUGAUUUGUUUAGCGCGAACACUGAACAGCAGCCGGAGCUGCGAUUGAGACUCCUCAUGAUGCUGUACAACACCUUCAACAAUCCAGCGGUGGAGUUCAGAUACCGAGUCUUCAAGUACACCCUGGAUUUUGCGGCUCGGGCCGACAUGUUUGACCAGGUGCUGCCCUACCUUGACUACCUGGAAUCCUGGAUGGCGGAUUGGGACGCCUACCUCCAAAUCGAUGACAAACGUGAGCUCUACGCAAGCAUCUCUACGUACAUGAGGAACUAUGGCAAAAGGCCAGAGGCCUUCCAGUACUUGAAGAUGUACCACAGCCUUUUCCAGGGUGAGCCGAAAGAUGCGCUCAUCAAGCCAAAGGUGGCAGACCAAACGGUUCAGCUCAUGAAGGACGCCAUUACGCUACCUGUGGUCAUUCAGUUCGAUGACAUUCUCAUGCUGGAUAGCGUGAAGGCGCUGAAGGGCACCAAGCAAGAAGCUUUGGUGACGCUAUGUGAGAUUUUCCUGUCUGGGACUGUGGACGACCUUAAGGAGUUCCAGAAGAAGAACGGGAAGAUCUUUGACGAGCACGGUCUGAGCUUUCAGGAAGCGAUGUCCAAGAUCCGACUCCUCACAUUGGCCACGAUGGCAAGAGGGCAGUGCGAAUUGCCCUUGGAUGAGAUUGCUAAGCAGAUUCAGGAGACUCCCAGUGGUGUUGAGCCCUGGGUGGUCCGCGCAAUCUCAGAGGGCGUCAUCGAUGGGCGCAUCGACCAAUUGAAUGGCAAGGUGCUCGUCAAAUCUGCUUUCCUUCGAAAAUUUGAGAAGGAGGAGUGGAACUUUCUUGACUCAAAGCUGUCCCAGUGGAUUGAGAACUUGGAAGAAGUGAUCAAGUUCCUGGCGGAGAAGAAGACCGAGGCAGCCUAGACUUGACGGACUCGCGACAAGUAAGACGGAUCCGUAAGCGCGAGGCCCAUCAUGGGCCAGCGGAGAAAGGAGACGGGGGCUUCUGCGGCGCCACUGCGAGGCCCAAAAAGGGGUGCUGAUCAGCAACGAUGGGUGUGGUGUUCUGCUUGCACUUGUGCAUUGUGAAAAGUAAAAGAGGGAGCCCAAGACCGGACUUGGGGCGCGAGACUGACAUGCAGUUGUUUAUUCUACGUUCGGUGUAAGAAACCGGGUGGUUUUGCCGUGGCCGUUGGCUGCGGACAGUCGACGAACGUCAAUCGAGAAUUGGAAAGCAAAGAUCGAGUCAUCGC